AUUUUUAAAUUUAGUCUAAUGGGAACUUGGCAUGGCAUAAUGACUCAUUUGUUUCGUAAUUAAAUUUUAAAAGCUAGAAACGUCCACGCAUCAUUUCGGCUGCGUCUUCGCGAUAACCAAAUUGAAUUUCGUGGUGCCAAAAUUUCGAAUUCGGGAAGCAAUUUCAGGUAUGUCAUAAUCGAUCGUCUCUAUAGUCACAUACAGUUUAAUAUUAUACUCCUGCGGCACAAGUCGCGAAUUUCUCCGCAAAACCCAUUUAUAAAUGAAAAUGUACAAAUUUUGUGUCAAAGUUGUGAUCCUUUUUCUCGAGUUUGUCUUGUGUUAUGGUCAAAGAACCGGCUACAACGAGACGUGCAACAGCACGGAAGAAUGUUCGGACCAUCGGUAUAAGUGCCAAUUAGACCAAGAAAAUGUCCUGAGAUGUCUUUGUGAUAGAUUCCAUGCUUGGUUUGAGGAUGAGGGCUGCGUCCAACUAUACAACGCAUCAGAAAUUUUAAAUAUGACCGUAACCGUUACCGAUAACAUUCGUUAUCUUGAAGAACACGUCAAUGUAGUAAUGAGAACUCAGUUAGCGGCUGGACUUUUUGUUUUUGGAAUGGUCAUAGUCGCAACGCUUAUAGUUACAGGAUUUUGUGUUUACGUCCACAUAAAGGAUCGAAGUUUGUCUAAUCUAACCAAAGCUGCCAAAAAAGAAGCCGAAUCCCGACGGCGUUCCACGAGGUUCGACGACCCGAAACCUUCAACAUCAACGACGAUUGUGUAGAACUAAGACAUAGUUUAAAUGUGUCAACAAUGAAAUAA